UAAGAUUCUGUUGUUUUAUUUGAUCAUACCAGGAAAUCAAGUGAAAGACAGAAAAGAGAAGCUUUUUUAAUGGAAAUCCUUUCAAGCAAAUGGAUAUCUGAACUGGAAAUGGAGGAUCCCAUUUUUUCCCCACAAUUUCCUUUCGUCGACUAUUCAUUUGAUGACACAAAUUUCCAAUCCUUUUCUUCUGAGAGCUAUUCGUCUUAUCAAAACAUAGACCAGAAAAUCUCUCAAAACGAUGUUUCAUGCAAUAUUAUUGAAGGUCAUCGUCAAGUGGAAGAUGAGUUCAAAAGGCCAAUGAAACAACCUAAGACUAAAAACUGGAACUUUUCCAUCAAUCAAAACAUCCCACCAAAGGCUUCUUUUUCUUCUUCCCCAUCUUCCCAUAUAAUCUCCUUCAGCAACUCAGAUUCACCUCCCGCUGUCUCUCAGCAACGCUACGGUCUAGACUGCGAUGUGAAACCAAACAAUUAUUGUCCACCUAAAUUUGAACAGGUUUCAAAAAGGGCGGCGUCAUUGACUAUGACUCCGUUAAAUGCUCAAGAUCAUGUGAUUGCCGAAAGAAAACGCCGCGAAAAGCUCAGCCAGAGGUUCAUAUCACUUUCAGCACUCAUUCCUGGCCUGAAAAAGAUGGAUAAGGCUUCGGUUCUUGGAGAUGCUAUCAAGUACCUUAAACAGCUUCAAGAGAAAGUGAAAACACUGGAGGAACAAACUGCGAAGAAAGCAGUGGAAUCAGUGAUCUUCGUGAAGAAAACGCAAAUUUAUGCAGUUGAUGAGACAUCUUCAUCUGAAGAGAACUUUGAUAGCCAAUCUAAUAAGCCAUUCCCUGAGAUCGAAGCAAGAGUUUCAGACAAAGAUGUGCUGAUUAGAAUCCACUGCGAGAAAAACAAAGGGUUCGUUUCGAACAUUCUAAACGAAGUCGAAAAGCUUCAUCUCUCUGUGCUCAAUACCAAUGUAUUGUCUUUUGGACAAGCAACUCUUGACAUAACCAUUGUUGCUCAGAUGGAAACUGAGUUUUCGAUGACAAUGAAGGAUCUCGUAAAAUGCCUACGACAGACUUUGCUUAAGUUCAUGUGAUAUGAACAACUGAAAACCCAUGUUGACAUUGACAAAACAAGAUUGGCACUAGGAAUAAGGUCUACACACAGAGCUCUUUUUACAUGUUUUUUGGAUCAGUGAUGAUUUUCCAUAAUUUAUCUUAGUUGGUGUUUUUCCUCAAACCUUAAAGAGAGAAACAGUAGCCAGUGACCUGCCAUUAUCAAUAGCUCGGAGGAUCAAGAUUUUGGAGCAAAGGAGGGUUUCCAUGUGUUUAGUUACUAUUUUUUUCGUGGUGUUGACCACGUUUAAUUUUUCCCUACUUGGCUUGUCUGUAUUUGGAUUUUCCACAGCUAUUUAGCUUCAAGAGGU